CGUUUGUUGAUCUACCUGAUCUGCCUAAUUGUUUCCGAAUGUCUGAUCCCAAACCCAUUCUGUACUACGACGAUCGCAGCCCGCCGGUACGCAGUUGUUUGAUUCUCAUUAGGCUGUUGGCCAUUGACGUCGAGCUCCGUUUCGUGGAUCUCUUCAUGGGAGCUCAAUUCGAGAAAGCGUUCUUAUCCGUGAAUCCCCAGCACUCUGUUCCUGUACUGGUCCACGACGAACUUGUGCUGACCGACAGCCAUGCCAUACUCAUCCAUCUGGCUGAAAAGUUUGAUGUCGCUGGCACACUCUGGCCCAAGGAGCACGAUGCCCGCAUUCAGGUGCUAAAUCGGAUGCUUUUCGAAUGUUCAUUCCUAUUCCGCCGUGAUAGUGAUUUCAUGUCGGAAAUUGUUCGCAGGGGAUUUGCCAAUGUGGAUGUGGCCCAUCACGAACGGAAGCUGACCGAGGCCUACGGCAUCAUGGAGCAGUAUCUGGAAAGGCACGACUAUAUGGCUGGCGACCAGCUGACACUCGCUGAUAUAUCCAUUGUGACCACAUUGAGCACGGUGAAUCUCAUGUUUCGCCUGUCGCAUUGGCCACGGCUGGAGCGCUGGUUUGCCGCAAUGCAGCAACUGGACGCCUAUGCGGCGAACUGCACGGGAUUGGAAAAGCUGCGUCAGACCAUCCAGCGGAUCGGCGACUUCCAGUUCCCCGCCUCCGUCUCCCACACAGCUGUGGACUAGAAAUUAAUGACCAUUAAACCUCGUGUUUAAACUGCCCCAAGGCAGGGUGUAA